UAAGUGCUUAUAGAGAAACAUAAUCUUCAUUUUUGGUCCCUUUUAUUUCGUCUCAUCCAACAACACAACCUGCAAACAAUGGCAGUGCAGUUGCAUUUCUCCUUUGUCUCCCUCACUGCAUUAUUCAUCUUGAGUUUGAGCUCCAUUAAUUCACUGACAUCAGCUCAGGAUUCAGGAACUGCAACAUAUUACACCCCUCCAUACACACCUUCUGCUUGCUAUGGGUUCGAAGAUGAUGGAGUGAUGAUUGCAGCAGCCAGUGACACGUUUUGGAACGAUGGUGGCGCUUGCGGUCAGAUGUAUCAAGUGACCUGCCUGAGUGGAACAAACGAGGGAACUCCAGAACCAUGCUUGGGAAGUGGCUCAGUGGUGGUGAAGAUUGUGGACCAUUGCCCCCCAGGCUCAUGUAGGGGUACCAUUGACUUGUCACAAGAGGCAUUUGAAUCCAUUGCAGAUACUGAUGCUGGAGUUAUCAACAUCUCUUACCAACAGAUCUGAAGGAAUUAGGGAAACGAGAAGACAAUAAAUAGCUUUGGAGGAAGCAUCCCGAAUUGAUAAUGGCUCUGAUGUUCUACUCUUUAUUAAGAUGAAUUGUC